GUGAACAUGGCGGAUUCUAAUAGAUUCCGAGCGGAUUUCCUUAUCAAUGAUAGGUAUCGGUUGAUGCGGAAAAUAGGUGCGGGGUCCUUCGGGGACAUUUAUCUAGGUGUUAAUCACCUUACGGGAGAGGAAGUUGCCGUGAAGAUGGAAAAUAUUUAUUCCAGACACCCUCAACUUCAGUUCGAGCACAAGGUUUACCGUUUAUUGGCUGGAGCGGUCGGAAUACCUCAGGCGAAAUGGUAUGGCUCCUCCCGGACGUACUGGGUGCUUGUAAUGGACUUGCUCGGUCCAAGUUUGGAGGACCUGUUCACAUUUUGCUGUCGGCGAUUUACACUCAAAACUGUGCUUAUGUUAGCAGACCAGAUGCUUGCUCGGAUAGAACAUGUACAUAACAAAGGUCUCAUUCAUCGAGAUAUCAAACCCGACAACUUCCUAAUGGGCAUCGGACGCCACUGUAAUAAGGUGUAUAUAAUCGACUUUGGACUUGCCAAGCGAUACAGAGAUCCAAGAAACGGAUGCCACAUCGAUUAUAAGGAAAAGAAAAACCUCACCGGCACUGCUCGAUACGCCAGUGUCAACGCUCAUUUAGGAAUUGAACAAUCCCGAAGAGAUGAUUUGGAAUCCUUGGGCUACGUAUUGAUGUAUUUCAAUCGUGGAAGUCUUCCUUGGCAAGGUCUUCGGGCCACGACCAAACGUCAGAAAUAUGAAAGAAUAAGCGAGAAGAAGAUGGCUACCCCAGUGGAGUUACUGUGCAAGGGUUUCCCGUCCGAAUUUCAAUUGUAUCUCAACUACUGUCGGGGUUUGCGAUUUGAUGAAAAUCCGGAUUACAUGUAUCUUCGACAGCUUUUCCGAAUUCUGUUUCGCACCAUGAGCCAUCAGUUUGAUUAUGUUUUUGAUUGGACAAUGCUCAAACAGCGUGGUGCCGCCGGUUCAUCCAAUGCCGCUGGCGCAAUCGAGGAUGGUGCGGGUGCUCCGGGUCGGCAAGCGGCUCUCCCCGACCCAUCAAAUGCUAAACAAGCAACUGAAGGGGAACAAAAAGAGGAUUCCAACACAGCUGGUCAACCUGCGCGGCGGAAGGCUACCCAGUGA